AUGAAAGUCUCAAAGCAACAGAAGAAGCAGCAGCAUCAGCUUCAACAGAGAGGAUGCAGGGCCUUGUGUUGCAGUUGCAGGUUUAGUGUUUCUUCCUCAGAGGAAGCAGAAAGCUCUGCCUCUGAUAGGUUCCCUUCUGUAUCUAGCCUGGCACAUGCCAUGGUGCAAGAGAGACUUGACCAAAUGAUUAGAGAAAGGGUUGAAGCUAGACAUGUAGAGAGAAGAAGGCAUCAGAGCAGAGAAGGAACCAAGUUCGUUGUGAUGGUAGCAAUGGAGAAAUGCUCUUACGAUCCAAGAGAGGACUUUAGAGAGUCCAUGAUGGAGAUGAUAACUGCAAACCGCCUUCAAGAUGCGAAAGAUCUUCGUAGUCUAUUGAACUAUUAUAUCUCUAUGAACUCCAAAGAGUACCAUACUCUUAUCUUUCAGGUUUUUCAUGAUGUUUGUACUAAUUUGUUCUUAUCAUGUAAAAGCCAUUGGUAA